AUGGCAGCGACCAUGAGCAACGUGGAUGAAAUUCGGGAUAGAGUGAUAUUAGGUGAAUUUGAUGUAAAAAAUGUAAGUGAUUGAAGAACAAAUAAGUGGAGAUGCUGUCUAUGCCCAGAAUUUGUGGGCAGGUAUUCUUGGAAUAAACGGGUGGGCAUGUUUGCUAGCUAAUAACAUCAUUAUGUGCAGCUAACGCGUUAGCUAGUUAACGUUAGCUAGUACAGUAGAAAAUACAACGCUGUUCUCACACAACAUUGUCAUGAAAAAUAUUUACUGUAUUUGAUAGGUUCAUACAACCGAUUACCCUGGCAAUUAUCCAGGCUACGAUGACACAUGGAGCUUGCAGAAAUUCCAAAAGGUAAACUAACUAUUAUCAUGUUGGCCUGAUUUUACAUUCAAAUCUGUUGCGUGGAAUGCCCAUAUAUACACAUUACAAUAUAAUAUAUAUAUUGCAGAAUUUCAGAAUCGACGUGGUGCAAAUGGAUGAGACUUCUCUGGAGUUCGACAUGGUGGGCAUAGAUGCAGCUAUCGCCAAUGCCUUUCGACGGAUAUUACUCGCAGAGGUAGCUACUACUCAGAUAGCAUCCAGCCAAUGAAAACAGCAUACGAGGUGGUCUCCGUGUUUGAUGUUUUUAGAUGGCAGAGAACAAAAUAACAUCUAUUAAUCCGCCCUCUCCUAGGUCCCCACUAUGGCUGUCGAGAAGGUGUUUAUUUACAACAACACAUCCAUAAUUCAGGAUGAGAUCCUUGCCCACAGGCUGGGCUUGAUCCCUAUCAAGGCUGACCCACGAUUGUUUGAGUACAGAAACGCAGGUACGUUUAUGCUGCUUACCUUGCCUGUCCCCACUGACAAUGGCCAUACAAAGUUCCAAGACUUGUCAUGUAGAGGGUCACCACCAGCUACAUCAGUUUUGUUUGUACAAGUUUAAGGAAUUUGUGCUUUUCUCAGGGGACGAGGAAGGCACAGAAAUCGACACAAUUCAACUUCAACUGAAGAUCAAAUGCACCAGGAACCCCAGAGCCACCAAAGAAUCUGCUGACCCCCGGGAACUUUACCUGAACCACAUGGGUAGGUAAGGCCGUGGACAUUCUUGUGUCCAAGAAUUUUGGAAUGGGAGUCAUCCGUUGCCGGAUUAAUGACAAUGGAGAUGUAUGUCCGACCAAAAAAACACAAAUGGUAUAUAUUUUUACAUAUGCAACUAGCAUGAAAAAGUAUAGUAGAGAUGAGUUGUACUUUUGACAGUAAAAAAUUGUCAAUCAUGUACGUCAUAUACGAUUUGAUCUGUGUUCAUGUGUCUAAGUGUGGCCACGGCCUUAAGAGAAGCUGAGCAUAAUUUCCUCAUAACUUCAGAUUCAGUGUUUAAUAGUCACAUGUGCAGGGUUGCAGGUGUGUUUGCAGGGUACAGUGAAAAUCUUAGGCUCCGAGCUCCAGUAUGCAGGACUAAGUGAAAUAAAUUAUUGAAAAUGGUAAUAAACGUUACAUGAACUUGUACAUUAAACAGUCCCUCCAGGAUUCCGCAAUCCUGCAACUGCAACAUAUUUCCGCAUUAAACAGUCAAAUCAAUGCAAUAUUAUAGCAUAAAACUGACCAUUCAAUGCAGAACAAAAAGAGGCUCGCAAUUUCAAACAAUCACCUCACAUUUACCGCAUAAUAUGUUCAAUCAAGCCAAACGUCAACAAACUUUUUCCCUCGUCACUGCAUUUUCAUGACAAAUUGGACAAUAUCAUUGCAUAUUGCCAUGCAAAAUGUCAGAAUUGCCUCAGCAAAGUCAAUAAUUUUUGCCUGCAAAUAUCACAAAAAAUCCCUGCCAAAUCAUGGAGGAACUGAUUAAAAAUGUCUGCCAUCCUAACAAAGUCUGCAGUUUUAUACAUAUUCUCAUUUAAAGUAAGUGAAUAAUUGAACUUUUUCUAGUCUGUGCAGAGGUGCCCCUUUAACCUGUAAUGUCUUUGAUUUUUCCUCAGUGUACUCCAAGGACAUGAAGUGGGUCCCUAUUGGGAACCAAGCUGAUGUGUUUGCAGAUAUCAACAUCGGUCCAGUACAUGGGGACAUCCUUCUGGCACAGCUCCGGCCUGGACAGGAGCUGGAUAUAGUCAUGCACUGUGUGAAAGGCAUUGGUGAGAGGACUUUCUCUGCAAAAUGUGAUAAUGUCUGCACAAUGGCAAUCUCAGACUACAGUUUAACCUAAAGCUUUCUCAAGCCCUGUAACCAGUGAAGUAGUGGGAAAAAUAAAUAACAGGUGGGUGAUUGCUGUCCGUGGUGAAUAAAGUUAUGCUCCCUAUAUUUUAAAUGCAUUUCUUCGCAAGAGAUGGGUAAAUGCUCGUGCAAAAUAAAAAAGCGUUUACGUUAAUAUACCCUCGCUACACCAUUGCCUGUAACUACAGCUCUCUGUCAUCUCUUGUUGAAAUGAGUGAUCGCUCUCUUUCCUGUUCUGAUGGCGCAAUCCUAUGCUCUAUCUUUCCAGGUCAAGACCACGCCAAGUUUUCACCUGUGGCUACAGCCAGUUACAGACUCCUUCCUGAGAUCACACUAAUGGAAACAGUGGAGGGGGAGAAAGCGGAGAGACUAAAACGCUGCUUCUCCCCUGGAGUUAUUGAGGUGGAGAACAAUGGGGGUAAAACAGUAGCUAUAACAUUUUGAAGCAUUAUGUCAGGAUGGCUGAGGGGUUUAUGGUACUGAGUUCAGGUCGCAGUCUUCAGACAACAACCUUUAUGGGUGGCAGGUAGCCUAGAGGUUAGAGCGUUGGGCCAGGAACUAAAAGGUCGCUAGUUCGAAUCCUAGAGCCAACAACGUGAAAAAUCUGUCUAUAUGCCCUUGAGCAAACCCUGAUUGCUCCAGGGUUGCCGGUUGCCGUUUGCCGUGACCCAACACUGAGGUUGUCUCAGGGGGAGUUGGGAUAUGCUAAAAAAUAUAUAUAUAUAUAUUUCACACGAGUAUAGUACACACUUGUACAUGUGUGAAACAGUACUUCUACUGUAGCUAUUUAUGAUCCAUGUAGCUUAUAAUUUUCCUUCUGUCCCAGGAAAGGUUGUUGCCAAGUUGGUGAACAGUCGCUUAGAUACCUGCAGUAGGGAGGUUCUCCGACAUGACGACCUCAAGAACACUGUGAAGCUUGCAAGAGUGCGGGACCAUUUCAUCUGUAUGUACCCAGUGAAUUUAGAAAUCACUGUUUGCAGCUUGGCAAAUUUGUGAAAUGUACAGUAAACAUGUCUUGUAGUACAUAGCCCAUAACUAUUGUUGCACUGUAGAAGCGAAUUGUUUGUUUUUCCUCAGUGAUUCUUUUACUUUGUUUGUGUAGUAUAGUUUGGCAUUCUGUGCAUGAGCACCCAUCAAUCCUGUGUUUCCUCUUUCCCAUAAAGUUUCUGUAGAAUCCACUGGCAUCCUGGCACCUGAUGUCCUGGUCACAGAGGCCAUCAAAGUUCUCAUGACCAAGUGUCGAAGAUUCCUCACUGAGCUCGACUCCACGGAGAUGGAAUAA